AUGAUGUUUGAAAUUCUUUGUAGUCCAAAGGGAAGUUGCCCUGCAAAUAUGGACUUGGCUGGUUGUGCUGACAUUGUCACAUUAACCUGCUUCACCUAUGGAAGCGCCGCAACUACAUCAUUUGCCUCAUUCUCAAACUACAAAAGAGUGGUAAUCCAUCAAACAAACAUAACUAGGAUACACUAA